AUGAUCGUGGAGGGCUUCCCCGCGUGGCAGGUGCUCCUGGUCGACCUACGCUGCCAUGGCGAGAGCGCCGCCGCCGCCGGCGGCGCGCCGGCGCCGGGGCCGCACAGCGUCGACGCGGCGGCGCGCGACAUUCUCGAGCUGCUGCGGGCCCGCCGCGUGUUCCCGCACAUGCUGAUCGGCCACUCCUUCGGCGGCAAGGUCGUCAUGUCAAUGGCGCGCCAGUUCGGCGGCGGCGGCGGCGCGCGGCUGCCGCGGCCGGUGCAGGUGUGGGUGCUGGACGCCUUGCCGGGGGAGGUCCGCGCCGGCGGCGGCGUGGACGGCGCGGCGGACCGCCCGGGGGAGCUCAUAGCGGCGCUGCAGCGGCUGCCGCUGCCGCUGGCUGGGAGGGCAGACCUCAUUGAUUACAUGACCGCCCGCGGCUUCAGCCUGCCCGUCGCGCGCUGCCACGCGGCGGGGGGCGGCCGCAGCUGA